CAAAAGAAAAAGCUCGUUGCCUUCGCUGCCUUUGCGCCCUGUGUCCGGAGGAAGCACCCGAAGCUUCGCGUGGGCUCGUGUCUCUGCUGCUGCCUCUCCUCCCCGGUGUAGCCAUGCAGACCCCGGCACCCCCCUGCAUCCCGGCGUCCCUCUGCCCCGCCGGGGCCGGCAGCAGCGUGGGGAGCCGCUGACGGCGCCGGAGCGGGAUCCCAGCGGAGCCAUGCCGCCCUCCCGGCCCUGCCCGGCCCCCUGAGCGCCGCCUUCCCGGCCCGAGCUCUGCCCCAGCACGGCCUCGGCGAUGAGCGGGGCUCGCUUUCGCAUGGAGCGUUUGUCCUUCUGCCUCCUCCUGAGUGCCUGCAGCUGGGGGUGGGCGCCCGGCGGUGCCGCCAAGCCCAAAGGCCAGGGCUACCCGCACAUGAACUCCAUCCGCAUCGACGGCGACAUCACGCUCGGGGGGCUCUUCCCCGUGCACGGCCGCGGCGCCGAGGGCAAAGCCUGCGGGGAGCUGAAGAAGGAGAAGGGCAUCCACCGCCUGGAGGCCAUGCUCUUCGCCCUGGACCGCAUCAACAACGACCCCGAGCUGCUGCCCAACAUCACGCUGGGCGCGCGCAUCCUGGACACGUGCUCGCGGGACACGCACGCCCUGGAGCAGUCGCUGACCUUCGUGCAGGCGCUUAUCGAGAAGGACAGCACCGAGGUGCGCUGCGUCAGCGGGGGGCCCCCCAUCAUCACCAAGCCCGAGCGGGUGGUGGGCGUCAUCGGCGCCUCGGGCAGCUCCGUGUCCAUCAUGGUGGCCAACAUCCUGCGGCUCUUCAAGAUCCCCCAGAUCAGCUACGCCUCCACGGCGCCGGACCUGAGCGACAACAGCCGCUACGACUUCUUCUCUCGUGUCGUCCCCUCGGACACCUACCAGGCCCAGGCCAUGGUGGACAUUGUCAAAGCCCUCAAGUGGAAUUAUGUCUCCACCUUGGCCUCCGAGGGCAGCUAUGGCGAGAGCGGGGUGGAGGCCUUCAUCCAGAAGUCCAGGGAGGAUGGCGGGGUCUGCGUGGCCCAGUCCGUGAAGAUCCCGAGGGAGCCCAAAGCGGGCGAGUUCGACAAGAUCAUCCGCCGGCUGCUGGAGACCUCGCACGCCCGAGCUGUCAUCAUCUUCGCCAACGAGGACGAUAUCAGAAGGGUGCUGGAGGCAGCCAAGAGGGCAAACCAGACGGGUCACUUCAUCUGGAUGGGCUCGGACAGCUGGGGCUCCAAAAUUGCCCCGGUCCUGCACCUGGAGGAGGUGGCCGAGGGCUCUGUCACCAUCCUGCCCAAGAGGGUCUCAGUCAGAGGUUUCGACCGCUACUUCUCCAGCAGGACCCUGGACAACAACCGCCGGAACAUCUGGUUUGCCGAGUUCUGGGAGGAGAAUUUCCACUGCAAGCUGAGCCGGCACGCGCUGAGGAAGGGCAGCAGCAUCAAGAAAUGCACCAACCGGGAGAGGAUCGGCCAGGACUCCUCCUACGAGCAGGAGGGGAAGGUGCAGUUCGUCAUCGACGCCGUCUACGCCAUGGGACACGCCCUGCACAACAUGCACAAGAACCUGUGCCCCGGCAAGGUGGGGCUGUGCUCCCGCAUGGACCCGGUGGACGGCGUGGAGCUGCUCAAGUACAUCCGAAAUGUCAACUUCUCAGGCAUUGCUGGGACUCCUGUGACAUUCAAUGAGAACGGAGAUGCUCCAGGGCGUUACGACAUCUACCAGUACCAGAUCAGGAACUCCACCCCCGAGUACAAAGUCAUCGGGCAGUGGACAGACCACCUGCACCUCAAGGUGGAGAGCAUGCUGUGGCCGGGGGGUGGGAGCCAGCAGCCCAGCUCCAUCUGCAGCCUGCCCUGCAAGCCGGGCGAGAGGAAGAAGCUGGUGAAGGGCAUCCCGUGCUGCUGGCACUGCGAGCGCUGCGACGGCUACCAGUACCAGCUGGACGAGUUCCACUGCAAGCGCUGCCACUUCAACGAGCGGCCCAACGAGAACCACACCAGCUGCACGCCCAUCCCCAUCAUCAAGCUGGAGUGGAGCUCGCCCUGGGCCGUGGUGCCCGUGUUCAUCGCCAUCGUGGGCAUCAUCGCCACGCUGUUCGUGGUGAUCACCUUCGUGCGCUACAACGACACGCCCAUCGUCAAGGCGUCGGGGCGGGAGCUCAGCUACGUGCUGCUCACGGGCAUCUUCCUGUGCUACGCCACCACCUUCCUGAUGAUCGCCGAGCCCGACCUGAGCACCUGCUCGCUGCGGCGCAUCUUCCUGGGGCUGGGCAUGAGCAUCAGCUACGCCGCGCUGCUCACCAAGACCAACCGCAUCUACCGCAUCUUCGAGCAGGGCAAGAAGUCGGUGAGCGCCCCGCGCUUCAUCAGCCCCGCCUCGCAGCUGGUCAUCACCUUCAGCCUCAUCUCCCUGCAGCUCGUCGGCGUCUGCAUCUGGUUCAUCGUGGACCCGUCCCACUCCGUCAUUGACUACGAGGACCAGCGGACUACAAACCCCCACUUUGCCCGGGGCAUCCUCAAGUGUGACAUUUCGGACCUGUCCCUCAUCUGUUUGCUCGGGUACAGCAUGCUCCUCAUGGUCACCUGCACUGUGUACGCCAUUAAGACCCGCGGGGUCCCGGAGACCUUUAACGAAGCCAAGCCCAUUGGGUUCACCAUGUACACCACUUGCAUUGUGUGGUUAGCUUUCAUCCCGAUAUUUUUUGGGACGUCGCAGUCGGCGGAAAAGAUGUACAUCCAGACCACGACGCUCACCAUCUCGGUGAGUCUGAGUGCCUCGGUGUCCCUGGGCAUGCUCUACAUGCCCAAGGUGUACAUCAUCCUCUUCCACCCGGAGCAGAACGUCCCCAAGCGCAAGCGCAGCCUCAAGGCCGUGGUGACAGCGGCCACCAUGUCCAACAAGUUCUCUCAGAAGGGAGGAUUCCGCCCCAACGGAGAGGCCAAGUCGGAGCUCUGCGAAAACCUGGAAACACAAGCACUGGCCACCAAGCAGACCUACGUCAGCUACAGCAACCACGCCAUCUAGCUCCAGGAGCUCCUGGCAGGGACAGAGGCACAGCACAGCGAGGUGGCAGCUGGGGGACACACCCCAGGGGAAAAAUGCCAUCAACAGCAGCAAAAAAAUCCAUAAAGAAACACAAAAACUCUUCCAGUGCCCACGGUGGCGAUGCAUGGCUCCCACGGAGGGACAGCGGAGCGCGGGGACGGAGACGGGACAGACUUCAGCAAGUCUUUGGGUU